AUGCAAUGUCAAACUGUUGUGAUGCAGACCAAGAGUCUGUUAUAUUGUUUUGCUUUUGCUGUGGUAACCGUGAAUUAUUUGCAUUGCAGUAAGACACGUGGUAUGGGAGCUGGGCGCAAGCUCAAGACCCACCGCAGGAACCAGAGGUGGGCUGACAAGGCAUACAAGAAGAGCCACUUGGGUAACGAGUGGAAGAAACCCUUCGCCGGGUCAUCUCACGCCAAGGGCAUUGUUUUGGAGAAGAUCGGUAUUGAGGCCAAGCAGCCUAACUCUGCCAUCCGUAAGUGUGCUCGUGUGCAGCUUGUGAAGAACGGAAAGAAGAUUGCUGCCUUCGUUCCCAAUGAUGGUUGCCUGAACUUCAUCGAGGAGAAUGACGAGGUGCUGAUUGCUGGAUUCGGUCGUAAGGGGCAUGCCGUGGGAGAUAUUCCCGGUGUCCGGUUCAAGGUCGUCAAGGUGUCUGGUGUGUCUCUGCUUGCCCUCUUCAAAGAGAAGAAGGAGAAGCCCAGGUCUUAG